AUGAAUAAAGAUAAAAGUCAUAAAGAUACAUUUUACUGGUAUUGUGAGAAGCAGGACAUAUUUAACUGUAGUGGGUGUGCUGUAAUGAAAUUAAUUGACAAUCGACAUUAUCUUAAAAAUGCAUUAGACCAUAAUUGCGUAGCAGAGACUAGCCAAUCAGUUGUUGUAAAGAUGAUUGCUAGAAUUAAGGAGCAGAUUCAGAAAACUAAUGAUAGACUAGCACAAAUUGUGCAAAUAGCAAUUACUAACACCUCACAAUAUGUAUAUCCAUAUCUUCCAUUAUCCAAAUUAAUUGACAAAUUAUUCAAAGGGCUUGGCACCUUGACCUUCCCACAGAGCUAG